AUGAGCUCCAAAUGUACGCUCGUAGCUGAUCGUACAGAUGACGCUGUGCAAAUGUUAUUGGGUUUUAUUGCUCUAUCAUCACUAUACGCUAAAUGGCACUUUGAGCGACCACGGAGAUCCGCUAAAAUCUGGUUCAUGGACGCUAUGAAACAAGGCACAUCGGCUGCGAUGAUCCACGUCAUGAAUAUAUUGUAUGCAAUUGGUCUGGUGGAAAUAUCUGAUACGCCCAAUGAUCAGGAUCAGUGUGCCUUUUACUUCAUGAAUGUAGUAAUUGAUACGACAUUAGGCGUAUACAUUGCUUAUUUAUUACUCCAAUUGGUGACAUUAAUUGCAAUUCGACAACAAUGGACGAGUCUUCGGUGUCAUGGAUAUUACGGCUCUCCACCGUCGUGGAAAGUCUGGUGGCUACAGUUGCUGGAAUGGUGUGCCGUCCUGACCUUUAUGAAGUUCUUUGUGGGUCUGGUGUUAUACGCCUUCUCGACACCAUUGGGUUGGAUGGGGUCGCUACUGUUUUACCCCGUGCACAACUAUCCGAAGAUUGAGCUUCUGAUCGUCAUGAUUGGCUGUCCAUUGGUCAUGAACAUGGUGCAGUUCUGGCUCCAAGAUAGUUUCCUCAUGGACCAUAGCCAACCAAGUAGUGAGGAGCUCCCGCUACUGGAUCCAUCAGUGGAUGGUGUCAUGAACGCAGUGCAGAAGCCGCGUGGUAUGUCAAAUGUCUCCAGUGCUGCCGAUAUGCGAACGCAUCCCCGGGACGUCAUUGUGCGGACUGUAGCUGUAUGA